AUGGCUGUAGGUUCGGUGAGCGCGUGUGCGCGCGCGGUGCUGUUGUGCGCGGUGCUGCUCGUGCCCCCGGUGUUCGGUACCGAGGGAUCGGAGGCAGGUUUAGGGAAGGACCCUCUCCUCACCCCGCUGGACACUCUGUACGCGCUCGCGCUGGAGCACUACGGCGCGCGGAACUGGGAUGAGAGCGCGCGCCUCCUGGAGCUGAGCCUGCGCGCGUACCGGACACUGCGAGAGAACGAGGCCCGCUGCACCAGCACAUGCGCGCGUGGGGACACGGAGCCCACGGACACGAGCGCGGACACGAGCCUGCGGCUCAUCAAACACAUCCUCACGCGCGCAGCCUGCAUCAAACAAUGCAAAGCGGAAGCGCCGGUGCUCGCGCUGAAGUAUCCCAAACCGGAAACUCUGCACGCGUUCAGCUCCAGAACACCGUACCGGUACCUGCAGUACAGCUAUUACCAGAUGAAUAAUGUGGAGAAAGCCGUAUCAGCAGCACACACAUUUCUCCAGCGGAACCCGGACGAUCCGCUCAUCUCCAAAAACAUGAACUUUUAUAAAAGUCUCUUUGAUGUGGAGGAAUAUCUCAUCGAUCAGGAGGAAAAACCACACGAGACAUUGUUCCUACAGGCGGUGAUGGUGUAUAACGAGGGUGAUUACAGUAAUUCGGUGAGGAUGAUGGAGGAAGUGUGUGUUCACUACUACAGUGUGUAUGAUGAGUGUGUUUCAGCAUGUGAGGGAUCCCACCAAAUAGAAGAGACCAAAGACUUUUACCAAACACUCUCAGGUUACUUUAUGGAGGUGUUGAGGUGCAGGCUGAGGUGUGAACAGGAUUUAACUCCUAAUGUUGGUGGAUUUUUUGUGAAGAAAUUUGUUGCCACUGUUUAUCACUACAUGCAGUUUGCUUAUUAUAAAUUGAAUUAUGUGACUAAGGCGGUACCCUGUGCGCUGAGUUACCUGCUGUUUGAUCCGGAUGAUAAAGUGAUGAAGCAGAACGUGGAAUAUUACAGACUUCAUCGAGAGCAGUGGGGCCUGAAGGAAGAGCAGUUUAUACCCUGUCCUGAAGCUCUUCGUUAUUAUAAUCAGACAGUUAAACAGAGCGAAAUGAUGGAGUUUGCUCAAAAUUAUCUACUGACUGAUGACGAGGACAUUGUGAGUCCAGAGCAAUACUCCUCUUCCUCCUCUCCUUCUCCUGAUGAAGAGUUUGAUGGAGUGGGUGAUUAUGAAGAGUCGUUCCUUGCUGAGUGGUGGCAAGAUCCCAAAACUAAAUGGGAUGUUGGAGAAUAACAAGCACUUACAACAACACACCGACACACACACACCGACACACACACACUCUCACAGGAGCCAUCUUUAUAUUUAAGCAUCAGUGGAUGGUGUCUGGAUGAAUGUCGUUCAGUACAAAACAUGUAACAAGUAUCUAAAUGGAUUUCGAGGGUUAAAAUGAUGGAUGUUAUUUAUUAGAAAAAGAGUUACAAAAACUACAGUGAGCUAAACUCUUCAUCACCGGACUGUAAAUGACUGGAAAAGUUUUAUUUGUUCUGAUUAGUUGCAAAUCUGUCUUUAAUGAUGCAAGAUGACUGAAAUACUGUUGUAGCAUUCAUCCAGAUUGUAUACCAGCAGUUUGUGGUCAUUUUGUUGUUGUUAUAAUAAUAAUAAUAAUUAUUAUUGAG